UUCCGGCUGCUUUCCGCGCCGUUUCCGCGCCGUUUCCGCGUGACUCGCGCUCCUCUUCCGGCGGCGCCUCGGCCGGGGGGGCGAUGCUGGCGGCGGCGGCAGGGCCCGCGCUGGGCGGCUCGGAGCAGCGCUUCAGCGUCCUGAGCUGGGAGCAGGUGCAGCGGCUGGACCAGAUCCUGGGCGAGGCUGUGCCCAUCCACGGCAGAGGCAACUUCCCCACGCUCUCCGUCAGGCCCCGCACCAUCGUCCAGGUGGUGCGCAGCCGUCUGGAGCAGAAGGGAGUUGCAGUGCACGACGUGAGGCUGAACGGCUCCGCCGCCAGCCACGUCCUGCACCAGGACAGCGGCCUGGGCUACAAGGACCUGGACCUCAUCUUCGGCGUCGACCUGAAGAGCGAGGACGUCUUCCAGCUGGUCAAGGAUGUGGUCAUGGAUUGCCUGCUGGACUUCCUGCCCGAGGGGGUCAACAAGGACAAGAUCACCCCCAUGACCCUGAAGGAGGCCUACGUGCAGAAGCUGGUGAAGGUCUGCAACGAGAGCGACCGCUGGAGCCUCAUCUCCCUCUCCAACAACAGCGGCAAGAACGUGGAGCUCAAGUUCGUGGACUCCCUGCGGCGGCAGUUCGAGUUCAGCGUGGACUCCUUCCAGAUCAUCCUGGACUCCCUGCUGCUCUUCGGGGAGUGCUCGGAGACCCCCAUGGCCGAGAGCUUCCACCCCACGGUCACCGGGGAGAGCAUGUACGGCGACUUCCGGGAGGCCAUGGAGCACCUGCGCGGCAGGGUCAUCGCCACCCGCAGCCCCGAGGAGAUCCGGGGCGGGGGGCUGCUCAAGUACUGCAACCUGCUGGUGAGGGGCUUCAAGCCCCGCUCGGAGGUGGAGAUGAAGGCCCUGCAGCGCUACAUGUGCUCCCGCUUCUUCAUCGACUUCCCGGACAUCGGCGAGCAGCAGCGGAAGCUGGAGUGCUACCUGCAGAGCCACUUCGUGGGCAUGGAGAGCCGGCGCUACGACUACCUGAUGACCCUGCACAGGGUGGUCAACGAGAGCACCGUCUGCCUGAUGGGACACGAGAGGCGGCAGACGCUCAACCUGAUCGCCAUGCUGGCCGUCAGGGUGCUGGCCGAGCAGAACAUCAUCCCCACCGUCACCAACGUCACCUGCUUCUACCAGCCGGCUCCCUACGUCAGCGAGCUCAACUUCAACUACUACGUCACCCACGUGCAGCCCCUCCUGCCCUGCAGCCAGCCCUACCCCACGUGGCUGCCCUGUAACUGAGCCAGGGCUCUGCUCCCCAGAGG